UCGCUCGAUUUUAGAUCCUUCGCGUUCCGCUAGUUCUUGGCGCAGGGGUGGGGCCCGUCGUGGGGCGCUUCCCCACACAAUCAUGACCCCUGGACCAGGACAGCUUCUCGAUCCGCAUCGUCCCAGUCUGGUCUUACUGUGAAGCCAGUAUUCCUCGGUUCAUCGCCAGCUCGCGCAUUCCCUUGUGGUGGUUGCCCUACCGUCUGGAACACAGAACUGGCUAUUUGGCCCACCUCGUCCUCAAUGGCGUCAAGCAAAGCCUCCCGCUUGGGGGAAGAGGUCUGGAAGACCCGUAUGGACAAGGUCAACGCCGAGCUCGUCGUCCUCACAUACGGCACCAUCGUCGCGCAGCUCUGCAAGGACUUUGAUAGCGACUAUGUCGAGGUGAACAAGCAGCUAGACAAGAUGGGCUACAACAUUGGCCUCCGGCUGAUCGAGGACUACCUGGCGAAAUCCAACACCGUCAGGCGGUGUUCCAACUUUCGGGAAACAGCAGAGAUGAUUGCCAAGGUUGGCUUCAAGAUCUUCCUCAACAUCACACCGGCGAUCACAAAUUGGACGGGUGAUGGCAAGCAAUUCUCGCUUGUCUUCGACGAGAACCCCUUCGCCGACUUUGUCGAGCUGCCGGACGACGGCCGGGCCCAGGAUGAGCUGUGGUAUUCCAACAUCCUGUGCGGCGUGCUGCGGGGCGCGCUGGAGAUGGUCCAGAUGCAGGUGGAGGCCCAUUUCAUCAGCGACGUGCUGCGGGGGAACGACACGACCGAGAUGCGCAUCACCCUAAUACGAUACAUCGACGACGAACUCCCGCCAGAAGAUGACUAGUGGCUGUACACGGUGCUAGACCAGGACGGCCGUCUUGGUGCGUCGGUUUCACAGAAGCCAGGAGUUCGCGCCUCGAGUGGUGAUCAUGCCAACCGGGAGGUGCGCCCGCCCACGGGCCGUCCCAGAGUCAUGAUGGGCACAGUUAUUGCAUCACUGUAGCCAGGACGAUCAUUGGCACCGCCCGAUGCAGCGAUUCGGUUAUACGGCGGUGUACAUUUGUAUCAGAGUCACGCCGCUGCGGGCGGAUAUCGCUGAUCAGCGGAGGGAGUUCUGCAUAGGCCCGACCCGCUCGGACCAGCCAGAUCAAGGAACGUGAGGGGACCACGGACUCAAGAC